AUGGCGCGCAGCCAAAACUCGUUUGAGCGCAUCUUCCCACGCGAGGGUGAAACAAAGAGAACAGACAGUCCACCAUCUGUCCAUGAGCUGUUUGCUAUGACCAUGCGUGACGAGCUGUCAGCCUCCCAGUUUGCGGAGGCACUCGUGAGUUUGCAUGGCAUCCGCCUGACGCCAGCUGCUGCAAGACUGCUCUCAUCUGUGGAUGCUGGUUGUGGCAGGUUGGUCUUCCGCCAGUUCCAAAAGGCACUGCAGGAGGACUCGCUGGAGCCUGUGGCGGUUUCCGGGCGACCAAAUGUGUUUGUGGACCAGGCCAAGGGCAUCAUGCUGGACAAUGCAGGAUCACCUACGCCACCUGCUCUUCGAGGUGACAAUUCCAGACCGCACACGGAUAUCUCAAGGGAGGACUUCGUGAAGGCUAACCAGCUGGCCAGCAAGAUGCAGGCACUGGGACCUUUCCGCAGCAAUUUGGUGGUGCCCAGCAACGAUCCUUCCAUCAACAAUCCUCUGGUGCCUCAUGAGGAACAAAGUGAUGACACAGGGCGGGAUACGAUGCGAACGGCCACACGUAUGUUCAUAAGUGGAGAGUUGGACCGCGCCAGCUAUGAGCAGUUCCUGACCCAGCAAGGAGUUCUGCUGAAGCCUCGGUCCUGGCUUGCUAAGUUGGGUGGCCGACGCCUCAAGGCGCCUAAGGCGCGAAGGGUGGUGCCCACGGUAGCCAGGUGGUUAGCCGACAGAGGUGCUCUGACAGCCAAAGGUGAACGGCUGAAAGGAGAAAGGGCGAGCCUCAGCAAUGUUGUACCACUCCCUCCUGCACCAGUGGUGCACCUUUUGGGUGCCAAAACGAAUCCACGCCGCCCACGCCGGUUGCAUCGAGUGCUCUCGGAGGAAACCUCUGAGGAUUUCAAAGAGCUUGAUGAGUUUGCAACAACAUUGACUUCCGAACUGCCCAUUCUGCCCAAAGAGGCAAAUGCAGGCAAAGUCUUGGAGCAGUUUGCCCAUGGUGCGAGCAUCGGCUACGGAAGCGUUUUCUGUACUGGACCUGAUGUUCCACCAGGCCUUCAUCCGCAAGGCAAGAAGCGUGCGCAAAGGCCCUCAAUGAUGCGAAUCCUUUCAGGACAGAGCAUGAGCAUUUCGCAGAGCCUGGGGACGAGCGAUGUCAUACAAUGGAAGAAACGAAGAGAGAGUCUCGUUUCUGUUGCGUCAUCGCAGGGUGUCACGCAGUUGGCCAUGAACAGACCUGAUCGAGGUGGAUCGCCAGCUGAGAAGCUCGUAGAUGACGAAGACAAGCUUAUGGACUUGCCAUUUCAGGACACUGGUCACGAACGCCAAAUGCUGCCCUGGAAGCCGGCCCGGCAGCUUCUGAAGCCUGGCAGCAUCGCAACAGUCCACACUUCCAGGGCUCAGAGUGCACGCGCUUUGUCGGCUCGAUCUGAAGUGGCAAAAGAACAUCCACACGGUCAUACAUGGUCAUCUGGCCCUUGGCUCAAUAGGCUACCCGACCGGAAAUGGCAUUUACGACAAGCCUCGAUCAGUGCAUCUCUAGCAAGCAUGGCGUACCACGGACGGCCAGUAGUGACCCUUCAGGAACUCAGCGCAGUGGAGGAAGGAUCGCCAGGCUCUCCACAAUCACUUGGAAGAACUCUGCAAAGUUCAGUCGAGUACAUGCACUUCCAAGGCUGGAGUUUAGACGAUGACUAUGCCUGCACCCUUUUCCGGCAGAUAAAGUUCCAGGAUCUUUGUGUGAUCAACCUCUCGGAAAAUCGUCUUAGCGAGAGCUUUGUCACCUUCCUUUUGGAGGUCUCUCAGCAUCAGCCUCUCCGGAAUCUACACAGUUUGCACCUGGCAAAGAACCAGCUGGGGCCCAUGGGAGGACAAUCUGUGGCAAAAUUGUUGGAAGUGGUGAAAUGCCCUUUACGCCACUUUGACAUCUCAGACAAUGCACUCGGCGAUGCAGCUGCUGCACAAAUCUGCGACUCCCUUCGACAGGCGUGUCGAGCGAGCCUACAGGGUUUGCGCAUGGCCAAGAACCUCCUGGGCUCUGCACGCUUUGGUGUUUCCGUUCAAGCCCUUUUACCACAGGCUGUUCAUUUACAAGCUUUGGACCUCCACUGGAACAAGAUUGAUGGUGGUGACGCCUGCAAUGGUGCCUAUGUUGACGACAUUGGGAUGGUUCGCCCGCAGCUAGAGCAUCGCGGUGCCCCUCGAGAGGUGGAGGAGCUUCUUCAGCGCGAGCGUGUCAGGAGGCAACUGGAUGGCUGGGUUCGGAGUAUGCCUCAGCAGCUACGACCAGAGCGCAUGGGACGCUUUAUUGAGGAAGUGAAGCUAGCGAAUGAGCCGUUUAGUCCCUCUUUGCGUCGAGUGGAGAAGUCAGACGUGUUUUCUGAUGGUGACCUUGGGCUUGAAAAGGCAUGGGUUGGGGUGCAUGCCAAAGUGCAGCCUGCACCCUUCUCCUCGCACCUGGAAGAGGUCAGUGCAACUGAAAGCUGCUGCUGGAUUUGUGAAAACUGGGUGGAGCAAGAGGUGUGCUACAUCCCAGGUUGGUCGGGUCCAGCUUCAGCAGAAGAAGUGGUAGAUGUCUUUGCCUACUUCAGUGUUGAUGGCUUCUCAAGGCCCAGCCGAUUGAACCGGAGUUUGGAACGCUUCUGGGCCCGGGACUUCGUGGACGUUUCGGCAGAAUCAGAGUGGACCCGAAGGCCUUUUCUGGACGACGGCCGUCUGAUCUGCUUUCGUGGGAGUCGAAUGCUACCUCCGAGCUACGAGCGGAUUCAUGUGAUCUUCCAGGUAAAUGAGGAGAUCUGCUGUGCCAAGCAUUUGCCCAUCGUGCCCCUCUUUAGCGAGACCUAUGUCCAGCUACAUUGGGAUGGCCGUCCGAACCUGCAGGAUCCACUGCCUCCACUGCCAACUCCUUUGGACAGAGAGCCUGUUGAGAUUGCACAAGCCAACGAGAUUGACGUCCACACUCACGCAAAUGCAGUUUUUGAGCAGGGUGCAGCUGACGCCCUCUUCGUGUUGGAGGACCCUCAUGGAGCACGAAACACUGGGAUAGCACCACGAAUCCUUAUGGAGAACCGAGAGAAGCGGCCAUGGACUUUUGAGAAGUCCAUUCUGAAGGAGUAUCAACAAGAUGCCAAGUCUAUCAUCACAGAGUGCUUUCGCAAAGACUAUGCAAUCACCAGGCUGGACCGACUCUGGAGAAAGCUGCAGAAAGAUCGACCCUAUGAUGUUGCAGCCGUACUCAACGUGCUGGAAUCUCACUAUGAAUCUUUCAUGGCUGCCUAUUGUUUUGAGUCAACUAUGGACUGCAGCGGCAAGAGUUGCGGACUCUCCCUUGCAACCUUCUCUCGCUUGCUUCUGGGAUCUGACGCAACACAAGACAGCAGGAACUUGUUUGAUGUGUCUCCUCAUUCCAGCUCCCGUUCGAGAAGGGCAACGCUGCUGUCCGAGGGAACUGUAAGGAUCCCGCGAACUGCGGCGGGAGAGCUCUUGAAAGCGAGGGCUUCACUGCCUUCCACACUGGAUGAAUCUCAUCCUCUCAAUGAAGGCUUCAACUUUGGGAAGGCUGAUGCCAUCUACACUGCAGUGUUGGUAGACUUGGAUCAUUUGGAUUCCAAGGUUUGGAAGGGGCUUCCAGCGGAUGGUCUUGCUCGCUUCCAAUUCCUGGAGGUUCUGGUCAAUUGCAGUUUGGCAUCGGACACCUACAGUCCAGUGGUGACUUUGCGUCGGUGGAUCAAAUCGAUCGGGCUUGGGCAGCAUGUGAUGAGCUGCAGGAAAAAGCUCCAUGCGGUGAUCUUCACCGAGGAUUGCUGCCAUUGCAUGCGCAGACAUCAGAAGAUCCUCCAGGACGUGUACGGCACCUACCAGAAGCGUUUCCGCAUCCCUACUGAGCCAAGUCUGAUGUCCUUCAGCGCUUUCGUCCAGUUCCUACAGGACUGCAGUUGCCAAGCAUUCAGCUUGGAGAGUGGCGAUCUUCGGAUGGCCUUCGCUUUGGGCAAGGAGCUGUGCGUGGAGCAGCACCGAAGCCUCCGGCACAUGGUGCUCAGCUGGAGCGAGUUCUUGGUGUGCACCACUGCGGCCGUAUACCUUUCGGGGGACUUCCCAGAAGAGGAGCUUGCAGACAGGCUCUUGGAUUUCAUUCUGGAUGUGCUUCCACAAGCGCUUGAAGCUGGACGUGCAGCAGAGAUGCAAGAGGUGGGCUACUUGACCUCUGGUGGAGACCCUCGGACACUACAGUUAGUGGGCUUGCUCACUCGUAUCUUCAAUGAUGCCGACGAGGAUGGAUCUGGGUGGCUGACAGUGCAGGAAUUCUUUCAGGCACUGCAGCAACCUCGCAUCAUCGCAAGCUUGGAAGAGCUAGGUGUUGUGGUCGGAGAUGUCAAGCUGCUCUUCCUGCGGAUGGAUGUGGAUGAUUCAGGCGAAAUUUCUCUCCGGGAAUUCAUCGAGGGCCUGUUGAAGCUUCGAAACGACAUGAUCGUCCUGGACAAGGGCAUUCGUGCGGUGCGGAAGGCCUUCCUGAAACUGGAGACCAAGUAUGGCACCGGCAACGUCACGAAAGACCAGUUCUUGGAGUACGCCAAGAAUCCCAGGAAUGCUGAUGCCCUGGAGAAAGCUGGCAUUCGGGAAUCAGAUGUUGGUGAUGUUUGGGCAGCAGCAGAACAGGCCAAGAGCAAAGGCACCGGCACUAUCGUGACGGCUGAGUCUUUAGUUGCAGGGUACAUGGACCUUCACUUGGAGAAAGGUCGCAUCAUCCGAGCCAUGAACUUCCUAAACUCGAUCUUUCAAGUGGCCGAUGUCGAUGGGAGUGGUGCGUUGAGUAAAGUGGAGGUGGGCAAGUAUUUGUGCAGAAAGGAGGUCACCGACAAAUUGAGCUCGCUUAAGCUCUUUGUUCCUGACUGGCUGGAGAUGUUCGAUGCAAUGGACGUCAAUGGUGAUGGUGAUUUGACAUGGGCGGAGCUAUCAACUGCCAUGAAGAGCUUUUGGACUCAGUCAUCACAGGAGGCGCCUGAAUCUGCGGAGGAUGGGCUUGAAUGCAGUCAAAACUCCUUUCCAGACAUGCUGUACUGUAGUAUUUGUCACAUUUGUGUAGCUGUUCCUAUAGAGAUCAUCAGACGGGACAGCAACACUCGAGGGCCCCUCGCAGCACCUGGAGAGAAUGAGCUCUUGAAGUGGUGAACAGCAGCUCUCGCCUACACUUCUCAGGUCAAAAGAUGUGGAUUCCGCCUUUCUCAACUGUCUGGAACAUGUUUGCAGGGCAGGACUCUGGAAGCAGAAUCCUGAACAACCCUCGCUUAUCUGAGUUGAGGAUUUCCUGGGCUCUUGAUAAUGCACACUGCAAGGGAAGCACUCAAAGUGCUCUUCUCUUGCGUUUCUUUAGAGCGCGCGUCCAAGGCUUAGCUAUGGCUUCGCGUUGUACAAUGUUGCCAAGGUGUUUUCUCUUGGCAAGAUAUUUCCGGAAAAAAGGC